GGCGAGGGACCGGCCGGCUGUCCUGUCCGACAACACGUGGAGGAGAAAAAUGGCGGAGGCCUCGGCGGCCGGGGCAGGCUCGGGCGCUGACCGAUUUUUCUGUCACUUUUGCAAGGGCGAGGUUAGCCCCAAACUACCGGAAUAUAUUUGUCCCAGAUGUGAAUCAGGCUUUAUUGAAGAAGUGAAAGAUGAUUCCAGUUUUUUAGGUGGUGGUGGCAGCAGCCGGAUAGAUAAUACCACAUCAACACAUUUUGCAGAGUUUUGGGACCACUUGGAUGAAACGAUGUUUUUCCAAGAAUUUGGACCAUUUCUACGUAGCAAUCCACUGGACCAAGAUAGUAGAGCCAACGAGAGGGGCCAUCAAACUCACACUGACUUCUGGGGACCUAGCCGUCCUCCACAACUGCCAAUGACUCGGAGAUACAGAUCCCGAGGAAGUACUCGGCCUGAAAGAUCCCCAGCUAUUGAAGGGAUAAUACAACAGCUCUUUGCAGGGUUCUUUGCAAAUUCUGCACUUCCUAGAUCUCCACAUCCUUUGUCCUGGUAUGGAAUGUUGCACUCCAACCCUGAAGACUAUGCCUGGGGUCAGACAGAGCUGGAUGCCAUUGUAACCCAGCUUUUAGGACAACUGGAAAACACAGGGCCUCCCCCAGCUGAUCAGGAAAUGAUCACAUCUCUUCCAACAGUGACAGUAACUCAGGAACAAGUUGAUAUGGGUUUAGAGUGUCCAGUAUGCAAAGAAGAUUACACAGUGGAGGAGGAGGUCCGGCAGUUGCCCUGCAACCACUUUUUUCAUAGCAGUUGUAUUGUGCCAUGGUUAGAACUGCAUGAUACAUGUCCUGUAUGUAGGAUGAGCUUAAAUGGUGAGGACUCUACUCAACAAACCCAGAGCUCGGAGGCCUCUGCAAGCAACAGAUUUAGCAGUGACCGAUGGACUUUCUGAAACUAACAGCCACACCUAAGACAGGGUUGUGGUAAUCUUAAUGUCACAGUUAUAAAUUGUAUCCAAACUAAACAAAAUAGGUGGAUUUAGGAAUCUCGUAAGAAACUC